AUGGCUCCUUUCCAGGCUCGUGGCGGCAGAGGCGGUGGCCGUGGUGGUUUCGGCGGUGACAGAGGAGGUCGCGGAGGUGGUCGCGGCGGACGCGGUGGCUUCGGCGACAGAGGCGGAAGGGGAGGUGGCAGAGGCGGCUUCGGUGCCCGCGGAGGCGGCCGUGGUGGUCCCCGUGGCGGCGCUGGUGGUCGCGGUCGUGGAGGUGUUGGCAAGCCUGGUGGUCGCGGCGGACCGCGCACAGCCAAUGGAAUGAAGGGAGGUGCCAAGGUCAUCGUCGAGCCUCACCGUCACGAGGGUAUCUUUGUCGUCCGCGGCAAGGAGGACGCCAUCGCAACCCGCAACAUCGUCCCCGGCGAGUCCGUCUACGGCGAGAAGCGCGUCUCCGUCGACGACGUUGCCCAGAACGAGGAUGGCACCACCACAACCACCAAGGUCGAGUACCGCGUCUGGAACCCCUUCCGCAGUAAGCUUGCUGCCGCAGUCAUCGGUGGUCUCGAGAAGAUGUACUUCGGCCCCGGCUCCAAGGUCCUCUACCUCGGUGGUGCUUCUGGUACUUCCGUCUCCCACGUUGCCGACAUUGUCGGUCCCACCGGCUUCGUCUACGCCGUCGAGUUCUCCCCCCGUUCCGGCCGUGACCUCAUUGGCAUGGCCGCGAAGCGCACCAACGUCGUCCCCAUCGUUGAGGACGCUCGCCAACCCCUCAAGUACCGCAUGCUCAUGCCCAUGGUCGACGCCAUCUUUGCCGACGUUGCCCAGCCCGACCAGGCCCGUAUCGUCGCCAUGAACGCCCACCAGUUCCUGAAGGUCGGCGGCGGCAUCCUCAUCUCCAUCAAGGCCAACUGUAUCGACAGUACCGCCCCCGCCGCCAAGGUCUUCGCCAUGGAGGUCGAGAAGCUGAGAGCGGAGCGCAUCGCACCCAAGGAGCAGCUUACGCUAGAACCCUUUGAGCGUGACCACUGCCUCGUCGCUGCCGAGUACAACCGCUACGCGAAAUAG